GUCCUCGUGACGUCAUCACGCUGACGUCGCGGACUCUGGACCAUUGGACGUCAGAAGUUCUGGUGAAGUUCGCAGAUUCUGACGGAACCGUGAGAUUCUCAAAGUUCAGAGCGACUGAUUCAAACUCUCAUGUUCAGACCCUUUGGAAACGUUCUUCUCAGAAAUUUAAAAAUGGCUCUGACACAAGUUUCCUCCAACAAGUGCGCCGGCGGCUUCCAGAAGGUCUUCGAGCACGACAGCACCGAGUUGAAGUGUAAGAUGAAGUUUGCUGUGUUCGUGCCUCCGAAGGCUGAGACGGACAAAUGUCCCGUCCUCUACUGGCUGUCCGGUCUGACGUGCACGGAGCAGAACGUCAUCACUAAAGCUGGAUGUCAACUCGCGGCUGCAGAGCACGGAAUCAUCGUCGUGGCUCCGGACACCAGCCCACGUGGCUGUAACAUCGAGGGCGAGGAUGAGAGCUGGGAUUUCGGCACCGGAGCUGGUUUCUACGUUGACGCCACCCAGGAGCCUUGGAAAUCAAACUACCGGAUGUACUCGUACGUCACAGAGGAGCUCCCCAAGCUGAUCAACGCUAACUUCCCCACCGCCCCAGACAGGAUGUCCAUCAGUGGUCACUCCAUGGGCGGCCACGGGGCGCUCAUCUGCGCCCUGAAGAACCCUGGGAAGUACAAGGCCGUGUCUGCCUUCGCUCCGAUCUGUAACCCAGUGCAGUGUCCGUGGGGACAGAAGGCCUUCGCUGGGUACCUGGGCCCCGACAGGUCCACCUGGGAGGCGUACGAUGCCACCGUGUUGGCGGCGUCUUACUCGGGUCCUCAGCUCGACAUCCUGAUCGACCAGGGCCGCGAUGACCAGUUCCUGACGGCCAGUCAGCUGCUGCCCGACAACCUGAUCGCCGUCUGCUCCGAGAAGAAAAUCCCUGUGGUCUUCAGGCUGCAGCCGGGUUACGACCACAGCUACUUCUUCAUCUACUCUUUCAUGAACGACCACAUCAAACAUCACGCUAAGUUCCUGAACGUCUGAGCUGCAGGAGAACGAAGCUCUGCUCGGUCCGAGCUGCAUCACGAGCUGCAGACGUGUUUUCAGUCACAUUCAGAACUUGUUCUGUUGACUGGAGGUCUGUCAGUGAACACUCAGUUUUUCAGAAUAAAAUCUUUAGUUGUUA